CUGAGCGGGAAAGGAGCAUGCAGUCGGGCUCGGGCGGCUCAGGGGAAAGCUGCCCCAAACGCCCCCCUUUUCCUCCUCCUUCCCGGUCCCUUCUAAACCCGCCGCUCUUCUCUUCCUCCUCCUCCUCCCGUUUCUUAGGAUGAGCAACAAAGAAGAGCCGAGCAAGGGCUGCCCCGCCGCCGCCGCCACUACCACCACCGCGGCCCCGAUUUCCAGCUUCACCAUCCAGUCCAUCCUGGGCAACAGCAAGAGCGUUGGACCCACUUCGGAAGGAGGCGCCCCAGCCGCCGUCUCCUCUUGGCCGGGCAGGAAAAGGAGCCUUUCCGUCUCCUCCGAGGAAGAGGAGCCCGACGAGGGAUGGAAGCCCCCCGCCUGCUUCUGCGGCCCCAAGGAAGCCCCACACAAGCGGCAGCCCCUCGCCGCCUUCACCUGUCUCGGCACGGCGGCGAAGGGCGUGGGGGCGCCGCUGCUUUCCUCGGAGCGGGGCCCGUCGUUCCUCUCCUCGGCGCCGCCUCCGCCGCUUCCUCCGCCGGACUUGAAGGAGGAGAAGGAGCGGCCCUUCGCGCCGGCUUCUUCCCCGGCGUCCCCGGCGCUGCUGGGGGUGGAGCGCGGCCCGCGCGAGGCCUCCUCGGCCAAGAAGAAGACCCGCACCGUCUUCUCCCGCAGCCAGGUCUACCAGCUGGAGUCCACCUUCGACCUGAAGCGCUACCUGAGCAGCUCGGAGCGGGCCUGCUUGGCCUCAAGCCUCCAGCUGACCGAGACUCAGGUCAAGACCUGGUUCCAGAACCGGCGCAACAAGUGGAAGCGGCAGCUCUCGGCCGAGCUGGAGGCGGCCAACAUGGCCCACGCCUCGGCGCAGACGCUGGUGGGCAUGCCGCUCGUCUUCCGCGACAAUGCUCUCCUCCGGGUGCCGGUGCCGCGCUCCCUCGCCUUCCCGGCGCCCCUCUACUACCCCGGAGGGAGCAGCAGCCUCUCCGCCUUGCCCCUCUACAACCUCUACAACAAGAUCGACUACUAGGACUCGUACUACAUUGACUGAACCCGCACUUGUUCCAGGAUUCCCUUUGGAAUCGUCCGUGUCGCUGUGGACAGACUUCGCCCUCCUUGGCCCCUUUUAAAGAAAUACACUGUGUGUAUUCAUUCCUGUUACAAUAUGUAUAUAUAUAUUAUAUGAAAUAUAUAUAGUAUCUAUUUUUUUGAAAAAAAAUAUUUAUGGGGAAAAUAAAAUAAACCUUUUCUGGGUUGGUUUCGUUGGGGUCCUUUUUUGUUUUCUAUCUUGGCAGAGAAAUGGACUUGAUGCCGAACUUCAAGGAAAAAGCUCCACCAAAACACAACUUAGGAAAAACACAACUGCCCCCAAAUGCCCGGCGCUUGUGGGGGUCUUCAGGUAGGGGAAACCCUUCCAAUUUUUUUUUAGUAUUUUUGUUUUUUUGGAAGGCUUUCUUCCUCUCCUAGCCCUUUCCGUUACAUUUCCCGCGGAAUAAUGAUUUUUCUGUGCGAAAAAUAAAACACACACACACACCAAAAAGGAGCCUAUUUCAGAUCUGUAAAUAUUUUUAAAUGAAAAAACAUAAAAUAAAGCGUUUUAAACAGA